AAGUUUGACUUUUCAUGCAUACAAAGUUGCCUUCCACUAUAAAUUUCACCUGUAGAGCGUCCUUAAGUCCCCAGUUUGCCACAUACCUAUCUCCUUACUCCCCCAUUUUCACAGCUUAAAAUAGUUGAAAACUAUGGGCUUUGCAAAUUCUCUCUGUUCUUUCUUUCUUCUUCUUCUAGCUCUAGUACUCUAUGAGGUCAAUGCACAGCCACUGGUCCCUGCAAUGUUCAUAUUUGGGGAUUCAGUUGUUGAUGCAGGCAACAACAAUCACCUCUACACCAUUGUAAAAGCAAAUUUCCCUCCUUAUGGUAGAGACUUUGUCAAUCAUAAACCAACUGGCAGAUUCUGCAAUGGAAAACUUGCUUCAGACUUAACCGCUGAGAACCUAGGUUUCACUUCUUACCCACCAGCCUAUCUUAGCAAAAAAGCCAGAGGCAAGAACCUCCUGAUCGGUGCCAACUUUGCCUCCGCUGCUUCUGGUUACUAUGAAACUACUGCAAAGCUUUAUCAUGCAAUCCCAUUGAGUCAGCAAUUGGGGAACUACAAGGAAUACCAGAAUAAGAUAGUUGGAAUUGCAGGGAAAUCCAAUGCUUCAUCAAUCAUAUCCGGUGCACUCUAUCUUAUUAGUGCUGGUAGCAGUGAUUUUGUUCAAAACUAUUACAUUAACCCUCUUCUCUACAAGGUCUACACUCCUGAUCAGUUCUCAGAUCUUCUCAUACAAUCCUAUACAAGUUUCAUCCAGGAUUUAUACAACCUGGGAGCAAGAAAAAUUGGAGUGACAUCACUGCCACCACUUGGAUGCUUGCCAGCAACUGUCACAAUAUUUGGGUCUGAUAGCAAUGAAUGUGUGGCCAAGUUAAACAAGGUUGCAGUUUCCUUCAACAACAAGCUCAAUUCCACAUCUCAAAGCCUGGUAAACAAGCUUUCAGGCCUCAAUUUGCUUGUUUUCGACAUCUAUCAACCUCUUUACGACCUUGUCACAAAGCCUGCUGACUUUGGAUUUGCAGAGGCAAGAAAGGCUUGCUGUGGAACAGGAUUGGUAGAAACAUCAAUAUUGUGCAAUGGAAAGUCUCCAGGAACAUGUGCAAAUGCGUCUGAGUAUGUAUUUUGGGACGGUUUUCAUCCAUCGGAGGCUGCAAACAAAAUCUUAGCAGACGAUUUGCUUACCAGUGGCAUUUCUCUCAUAUUUUAAUAAAAUGCUUAAAAUUGGUUGCAUUCAUAAUUGAAUGUCUAAAUGGGAUCGCUUAAUUAAUCUUUGUUUGAGAGUAUGGCAGUGUGCAUUUGGUGUUGGAAUGUGAUCGGUAGACAUCAUGGUUUGAAUUUAGCAUGUCAAAGGUUUUCAAUUUUUACAUUAAAUUGCUCGAUGUAGCUUGAGUUGAUGCACUGUUGUUUACAUGUAAUCCUGUGUAUGAAUAAAACAUAAUACUACGUCCAUUUAUUUUGUCUUCAA